AUGGGUAAUGUGCAGUGCUGCGCCAGCGACCGUUUCGAUAAGGCGAACUCGCCCGACCGGCCGAAGGGUAAGGGUAAGAAGGGGAAACAGCGGAAGGGCCCCAGCGAGAAGACGAACGGUAUCGGCGGCGAUAAAGGGGACGGUGGUGUGCAUAAAGUGGUGAUCGUGGCUGAGGAGGCGAAGAAGCGCGCUGCGGCCGCAGCGGAGCUGCCCCAGUCCUCGUCAACGGCGCCUGAGCCCUCUGCGCCGCAGCAGGAGCCGCCCAAAGAAGACCCUAGCUCUACGGAGACUGAUGCGCCGCGUGGCGAGAGCAUGGCCGCGGCGAGGGAACGCUUCUUCGGACAGGUACGCGAACGGUACUUUAAUCUACAACCCGAAACGCCGAACAAAAAUGCGACCGCCCGCAGCACUACC